GCUCUGGGUAGGGAUAAGAGCUGGGACACAGAAGGGACAGGAGCCUGCUGGGGCCUGGAAUUAGAGGCAGAGGCCUCAGUGGGCAGCCCCAUGACUUCCUUGGGCUCCCAGCCCUGCAGGGCAACCUUCCUGACAGCCACUGUGAUGGUACUGCUGCUGCUGUGGGUGAAGCUGGUGAGGUCUCAGCAGGGCAGCCCAGGCCCAGUGCAGAGGAGCCUGGUAGAGAAGACGCCCCCUGCAGAGCAGGGCCAGGAGCAGUAUGAGGAACACUUCAUGGCCUCCUCAGUGGGGGAGAAGUGGCAGGAGGUGGACAUGGUCCGACAAGAGGAGGACUUCACGUCUGAGACAGCUGCUGUCCAAGACCACCUCUUCAGCCUUGCUCUCUGCUUUAACCUGGCCAGCAUCAUGGUUUUUUUAUGAGGGACAUUGAGGCGGAGGCGUUGGUCUGGCUCCUGGAGGAGGAAGACCUGGGCUUUUACCUUCGCUUCCUGACCGCGUCCUGACCUCCCCUCUGCACGGGGCUGCAGGCCACAGCUGCCCACCAGGAUGCCCAGGCUGCGGCAGCACACUGCUCCCUGCUCCUGUCAGCAGCUCCCGGCCUUAGGGUGCAGCCUCAGGGGUUUUACCACCUCAGCCUCUUCCUGAUGCCACCUACGCCCAAAGCUUUGUGUUCUAGGUCCAGAGAUGUCAGACCCACGCCUUCUCCCUCCUGUACCUCCUGGGGUUCGGCCAGUAGAGCAGAUUGCAGUGAGAAGAACUGACAA